AUGAAGCUCGAGGAAAGUGGAUUAGUGGACGAGAAAGAGGAGAAUCCGAAUGCAGUUUCGAAUUUCCGCAUCUCAAAGCCGCUGAGGGAUGCUCUCAAGGCGAAGAGAAUUGAAUCUCUGUUUCCGAUUCAGGCCAUGACAUUUGAUUUGAUACUUGAUGGUUCUGAUUUGGUUAGAAGGGCACGCACUGGUCAGGGUAAAACGCUGGCUUUUGUGUUACCCAUAUUGGAAUCAUUAAUAAAUGGACCUGCUAAUGCAUCACGGAGGACUGGAUAUGGGAGGCCACCUAGUGUUCUUGUUCUUUUACCCACUAGGGAACUUGCCAUCCAGGUCUUUGAUGACUUUAAAUUGUAUGGUAGUGCUUUGGGGUUGAGAUCGUGUUGCAUACACGGGGGUGGGGGUGCGGGUGCUUCAUAUCCUCUACAACAAAAUCAACUGAGAAGUGGUGUUGACAUAGUAGUUGGCACACCUGGCCGCAUUAAGGAUCACUUACAGAACGGACGUAUUGACUUUAGAGCACUGAAGUUCCGGGUUCUUGAUGACGCCGAUGAUAUGCUGAGAAUGGGUUUUGUUGAAGAUGUUGAAUUUAUUCUAGGCAAGGUAGAAGAUGCCAGCAAAGUCCAGACGCUUCUAUUCAGUGCCACUUUGCCACCAUGGGUUAAGCAAGUUACACUUGCUGGAUUUAGAUCUGGGAAAUUUUUUACUCUUGUAGCUACAAAUGUAGAGGCACGAGGAUUGGAUAUUGAUGACAUGCAGUUAAUUAUUCAGUGUGAGCCCCCUCGUGAUGUGGAGGCAUACAUCCAUCGGUCUGGGAGAACAGGGGGAGCCGGGGAAAGUGGUGUUGUUGUGAGGCUUUAUGAACCCCGACAGUCAAAUUUCUCUAGGAUAGAAAGAGAAUCAGGUGUCAAGUUCGAACAUAUAUCUGCUCCACAGCCAGCUGAUAUAGCAAAAACUGCUGGUGAUGAAGCUGCAGAUAAAAUAAACGAGAUAUCAGAUAGUGUGGUUCCUGUGUUCAAGGCUGCUGCUGAAGAGCUUCUAAACUCUUCCUAUCUAUCCCCAGUUGACUUACUUGCUAAGGCGUUGGCCAAGGCUGCUGGUUAUAUUGAGAUCAAGACCCGUUCGCUGCUCACUUCUAUGGAGAACUAUGUUACUGUAAAACUCGAGUGUGGAAAACCCGUUUCUACUCAAUCGUAA